AUGAAGUGCAACCAUCUCCUCUCCUGGGCCUUUGUGCUUGUGGCCUCUGGCCCACUGCUGGCCCACCCCAUUACAGAAUCUGCUGAGAUACCCUAUCCAGGACCCGUAUCAGUGGAGGACCGAGGGAUCGGCUCACUGGAUGAUCUGUCUCUCUCCGAGCAAACCUUCCCUCCACAGGAUGCUGCUGGCCUCAGAUAUUCCACUCUCAUAUCUGGGGAGAUUAACAGAGAUGGUCUCAGAGCAGCAGGUCUGCUUCCGAGGGGGAUGAAAAGAGAGGUUCUAUUGGAGAAACAAAGUCUCCUAAAUCCUUUCAGCCAUGUGCUGGGCAUCCGGAAACAGUUCAGGAAGAGAGCGGGGAAUUCAGAGUGUUUCUGGAAGUACUGUGUCUAA